GAGAAUUGAUUUAUUUUAUUGUGUUGGCAAGGAAAAAGAUAGGAUUUGGAUAGAGCUGCAAAUUUGAGACAACACGCUUAUGUUCCAUGGCUUCUCUUUUAUCCUCCCCCUCCACCUCAAUCUCCAUCUACCACAAGAAGCUUUGUUCAAGUAACAACAAUGUAUCUAACCAAUCAUUUGUAUGUUGUUCGCUCAUCCCCAUUCGCAGACAAAGAUACACAACAACAAGGGCAAGAUGGUUGGUUCAGUCCAAACUCAUUUCUCCCAUUUUCUCGGCAAAGAUCACCCCUCCUUCAUCGGAAAUUAUAAAUCAUCACAAACUCACUAGUUUAUGUACGACUACUCUGGAAGAUCAGAUGAAGAAAUUCGGGGCUGCAAUUUCCAUGUUUGUUAUUUUCGUGCAGCUGACAUCUUCAUUGCCUUUACCUGGCUGGGCAUCAUGGUCUGUUUCUCCCGCAAAUGCUGUCCUUUUCUCGCCGGAGACCAAACUCCCUAGAACUGGGGAACUAGCUUUAAGAAAGGCUAUCCCUGCAAACACCAACAUGAAGACAAUACAGGAUUCCUUAGAGGACAUCUCUUAUUUGCUGAGAAUACCACAGAGGAAGCCAUUUGGAACAAUGGAGGGUAAUGUAAAAAAAGCUUUAAAGAUUGCAAAGGAUGAAAAAGAAUCCAUUUUGGCUAGUGUUCCGGCUGAUUUCAAGGAUAAGGGUUUGGAGUUGUACACAUCUCUGGUAGAGGGGAAGGGUGGAUUGCAAAGCCUUCUUGGAUAUAUAAAAGAUAAAGAUCCAGAUCGAGUAUCGGUAGGUCUAGCAUCUUCACUGGACACUGUUGCAGAACUGGAGUUGUUACAGGCUCCGGGACUGUCAUUUUUGUUGCCGGCGCAGUACUUGAAAUAUCCAAGGUUUACAGGAAGAGGAACCGUUGAAUUUGUAAUUGCAAAAGCAGAUGGUUCGACAUUUUCACCAGCUGGCGGUGAAUUACGGAAGACUGCCAAAAUUCAGGUCGUUAUAGAUGGAUAUUCAGCACCACUUACAGCGGGGAACUUUGCCAAACUGGUAGUUGAUGGGGCAUACGAUGGGGUGAAGCUUAAAUCUACUGAUCAAGCAAUAUUAUCUGAUAGCGAGCUAGACAAAAAUAUUGGUUACAGUGCUCCGUUAGAGAUUAUGCCAGCAGGACAAUUUGAGCCACUUUACAAAACAACUUUAAGCGUCCAGGAUGGGGAGUUACCUGUGCUGCCACUUUCAGUUUAUGGUGCGGUUGUGAUGGCUCAUAGUGAUGUUUCUGAUGAGUAUUCCUCACCAAAUCAAUUCUUCUUCUAUCGCUAUGAUAAGAGUUUUUCUGGCUUAGGAGGACUCUCUUUUGACGAGGGCCAAUUUUCUGUGUUUGGCUACACAGUUGCUGGGAAAGACAUCCUUUCUGAGAUCAAAAGUGGUGAUGUGAUCCAAUCUGCAAAGCUAGUGGAAGGACUUGACCAUCUCGUAUUGCCAGAAAGUUGAUUCUGCGGCCAUGUGGACAGGGUUCUCUUAAUUUUUUCAAUUCUCUCUACAUCUAAAGAGACAUCAGCACAAUUGUCCAUUGCUCUUAGACUGUCAAGCUCUGUUUCUCUCUUGCUCAACUUUUUUCCAGGAAAUCAUACUAUUACAGAGGUAAAAAAACAAUCGUGCAGCUGCACUAAGUUGGUGAUAUAUUGAGUCCUUGCUAUUUUUAUGCUUAGCCAUUUUUUCGGAGGAUCUAACAAGAUACUGCUCUUGAUGACUUUACUGCUAUAAACUUGUGAUUGCUAAAUAAUAUGAAAUAUUUGUAUUAA